UAUGGCGCCCAUGCCCGUGCUCGCAAGAUGUCGAUUGGCGUUGCAGUGUGAUAAGAACACAUCACAUAGCUUUAAAGGACAGAAAACAUUUAAUUUAAUUUUAUUUUUUAUAAAAAAAUAUAUUCACACACUAGUAUUGAACUGGCCAAACUUACAACAUCGAAAUGUCUGUAUUUAUGGAUUUAAACAUAAUCGCUAUCAGCGACAAGAAAAAGCUGCAAAACAUUAUAGAGACAGCUGCUCACCUUGGUUACUCCACAGUUGCUAUAAAUUAUGUACUGGAACCACAGCAAAAGAAACAGCAAAUUCCUAAGCCACUGUCUGUUUCAGAAUUGUGUGAAAAACUCCCCAUAGUCCAGGGUAAAGCGAGACCAAUUAAAGUGCUGAACCGGUUGACGGUGGUGGCCACAGAUGCCUCUCAUUUUAGGCCAUCCAACGAAUACAAGAACUUCGACAUUUUGGCUGUGUUUCCCAAAACAGAGAAACUCUUCCAUGCUGCCUGCAUGACAUAUGAUGUGGACAUCAUCUCCAUAGCAGCGACUGAAAAACAGCCUUUCCAUUGUAAAAGGUCACCAAUAAAUGGGGCAAUAGAAAGGGGAGUGUUUUUUGAGUUAAGCUACACGGCAGCCAUCAGAGACUCCACCAUGAAGAAAUACACAAUCGCAAAUGCCAUCAACCUAGUGGAUGUGUGCAAGGGAAAGAAUGUCAUUAUGGCGAGUGGAGCAGAGACACCCCUUGAGUUGCGUGGCCCUUAUGACAUCACGAACCUUGGGCUAGUGUUCGGCCUCUCUGAAGGGGACGCUAAAGCUGCAGUCUCUACAAACUGCCGAUCUGCCGUACUGCAUGGAGAGACCCGCAUGACAGCGUUGGGUAUCAUUCAUAUGAAGAAGAAGAGCCAGCCACCCAGUGAGCAGCCAGAGGAAGAAACUCCAGCCUUAAAGAAGGCCAAAACUGAAAGCCUUUAGUUCAGAUUUCAAGUUGGAUCAUAAUAGCAGUUCGUUUUUUGUUUAGUCUGCCGAAUGAUUUACAGGAUUCAUUCAGGCACUGGCUUUCAGUUUUCAGUGUCAGGAUGAUUUUUUUUUUUUUUUUUUUUUUUGCCUGAACUGCUGACUUUAGAUUGAGUCAGAUUUGUUAUCAUGUCUUAUCCACUUAUGUGCUUUAUGUUUGUGUGAUACUGAUAGACACAACAAUGUGAACAAAUUCUUUUAGAUCAUUAUUAUCAUAAUAUUAUUAUAGUAUUUGUCUAAUCGUUGCAGAAGUUCGCAGUGAGUCGACUUUGCUAUUGUGUGGAUCACUAUCUGUUUAUGUACAGCUUAUCUGAAUUGGCUAGAAAAUGAAAAAAUGGGACUGAUACGGUUUUUGUUUACACUCUGUAUUUUUGGUCAGUUUUAAUAAAUGCCAUGAAACUCCUA